AAUUCUACACCGGAAGUUGCGCUAACAAAUACUCGCUAAGCGGAAGUGUCGUCACGAUACGUCCUCGUGUGUUUCAGUGGGCUGUCACGUUUGUUCCUGGACUGGACCAUCAGCUGGUCCUGCAGCAGGAUGCUCUCCCGUCAUGAUGGAGACGGUGCUGCACAGCAGACCUGUCACACAGUCGACCCUUCCGUCUCCUCCACCACCGAGACGGAUUCUGCCAUCAUCACCGUCACCAUUGGAGCAACUGUGCCCACUGGGUUUGAGCACACGGCUGCUGAGGAGAUUAAAGAGAAGAUUGGAGCUGAUGCACGAAUCAGCAAAGAUCGUGGCCGAAUAUAUUUUCCAGUCACUACUGACAAACUUUGUCAGGUCCACCUUUUGCGGUCUGUAGACAACCUGUUUGUAGUGGUGGAUGAAUAUGAUCAUUACCAGUUUAAAGAAUCAAAGGAGGAGACAAUGAUGGAGCUGCAACAGCUUGCCUCCAAACUUCCAUGGAAUAAUGCUCUGAAAGUCUGGGAGCUGAACAGAUCGAUUAAAAAGAAGAAAGGCCACAGGAAAGGAGCGAACGCCAUCAGAGCUAAACCCAACAGUGAGGUCAGCAACGUGGCUACAGACCAGCAAGCAUUACCUCAGGAGGCAUCUCCGGCUGAAGCGGACGCCAAGACAGAGAGCGCGCCUGACUCGGAGAGCUGCCAGCAGGACUUGGAGGAGGCUGCGCCCGAGGCGAAACUCAUCAAGUUUCGUGUGACAUGCAACAGGGCGGGGGACAAACACAGCUUCUCUUCUAAUGAAGCAGCCAGAGACUUUGGUGGGGCUGUACAAGAAUUCUUCCAGUGGAAAGCAGACAUGACAAAAUUUGACAUAGAGGUUUUACUUAAUAUACAUAAUGAGGAGGUGGUGAUUGGGAUUGCACUCACCGAGGAGAGUCUUCACAGGAGAAACAUCAGUCACUUUGGACCCACCACCCUGCGUUCCACGCUCUGCUAUGGCAUGCUCAGGUAA